CCCUCGUAUCCAGCAAUUUCCGCGCAGCACUGAGCAUUGAUCUCGGCCUUUCUAUGGCUGCUGGCUCGCGCAUGCUUGAGCGGUAUUUUCCCAGCCCACGGGGGGUUUAUCGUCUCAGGUUCGCUGAUCCCUUUAAACACGCUGCUUCCCAAGAAACCUAAAAGUCCGCUCUGCGUCGCUCCAUCCCCAACCUCACUCUCUUUCGUCCCCCACCUACUUUCCUUGACCCUUUCCUUUCUUAGCGCCCGCCCUCGCAACCCGCUCACCGUUCCUACAUAUUUAUAUUCUACGCGCAUUCACCACUCCUCGACUACCAUCCACCCCACAGCCUACCAACUCUCGACCAUGUUGCCCACUUACGCUUUCUGCCUCACUCUCCUCGCCGUCCUCUCCUCACCCGCCAUGGCUGCUCCAAUGGAUACCCUCUCCAGCAUCCAAUGCCACUGUCUUACCUUCUACACCUACUCACCCCCGGCAACCUGCACUCUCCCACACUCGCAGAACCUCUCCUGGAACGCCGCCCAAUCAUUCGCUGCCGCCAACAAACUCGACAUCACCUUCGCCAGCCAAACCGCCGUCUCACGCGUCCUCGAGGUAGAUCGCCCGCUCCCUACGAGCGUGCUGAUGACUUUGUAUGGCGGUCUCGCCCGAGGUCAGGGCAGGAGCGAGGUGGGGAGCCGCGUCGUCUGCGGUAGCUGGGAUGAAGUGAGCAAGAAGUACGUCGACGAGGUGCCGCUUGAGGUCGAGACGACGACGACGAUAGCGGAUUCCACCCGCGCGACCAAGAGCGAAAUCAAGGGCAGGAAGUGCGAUGGCUUGAUCAGUGAAAUUGCCGGCAUUUUCGUCUUGGUCUUGGUCCUGUACGCUGUUGGCGAGUACGUUUGGGCGAGGUAUUCUUCCAUGCAAGGCAAGAUUCAGCUCAGCGGAAACGAGAAGGAUCUCGUUGCUUUUGCAGAGGAAGGCGCUGUCGCUGCUCCUGAGCUCAACGAGAAGAGCCAAUAUUGCGAAUCCCUCGACGCUGUGGAGCCGGUCCAACAAGCUACUGUGACCGCAUCAUGACCUACCAAGGACACUUUCUCGAUUUUUUGUUUUCUGCGAGUUUACACAUUACUCCUUACUAUUUAACUACUACCACUACCACCACCUCUGAAUUUGGCUUCGAAUUCGAACCUUUCUACUACCAACUGUUCCUCAAUCGAUCGAUCCUUGCACGACCCAAUUAUCGCAAGUGUUUAAACCGGCGAGGAGCGCGAAAGAGUUUAUUCCUCCUCUACACCACUUUUUCCAAGGCGUGCACACACAAUUGGUGUGGUAGCACAGGACGGACUCGUAUUCCCAAGCU